CAUGUAGAGAACGAAAUGGCAAAAAUGAAGAAGAGAAUUCAAGAGAAAGAGAAGGAAGUGGAGGAGACAAAGGAAGCCAUAGUGAGAAUUCAGUGCUCUGCAGUGAAAGAAAUACAGGAACACCAGGAGAUUUUUACAUCUCUACUGCGGUCCAUAGAGAAGCUACAAUCAGAGGUCACUGGAGUGAUUAAGGAUCAUGAGAAGAGGGAAGUGACAAAGGCUCAAGAGCUCAUUGAGCGCCUGGAGAAGGAGAUUGAGGACCUGAGGAGGAGAGAUGCUGAGCUGGCUGAGCUCUCACAGUUAGAUGACCACAUCCACUUCCUAAAGAAGUUCCCCUUUUCCGGUUUCACUCCUGAAAAUUGCAAUUUACCCAACAUCACUUUUAAUGAAGAUUUUCUUCCUGAGACACUGAGGAAGGACCUGACUGAUCUGAAGGAGAGUUUGGAGAAAAUAAGCUGCUUAGAACUUGUUAAAACCAGUGAGGCAGAAGUCAGUACUCCAGAUUAUGCCAUACAGAAUCUGAAAAUUGGAGAUCAAGUUUUAAAAUUUAUCAGUGAGCGCCCCCUGCUGUCUGACAUAGAAAUGGUCAAAGGUUCAAAGGUGGGUAAACUGUGCACUCUCAGCUGCACCAUUUCCAGGUUCUUCCCUAGUGAACUCACAGUCACCUGGCUGAGGGUCAGAGCAGAGGAUGGACAUCAACCUGUUACUGCAGGAUCAGCUCACUGGACAGCAACAGUGAACACAACCAGGCCGGUGAAGAGAAAUAACACCUAUGAAGUGACCUCUGUGGUCCAGUUCACCCCUAGCCGUCUCAGCGAAGUAGAAGAGAUGACAUAUAUCUGCAGGGUGGAACAUGUGACCCUUAUGGGAAAGGCCAUUGAGAAGAAGUCUGGCAGACUGGAGUUAGCUGCUGUUGACAGAAAACCCCAGCUCUCUAAUGUGCAGAUUUUCUUCACUGAAUUUAAUCAGCCCUGCACCCUGACCUGCGUUGUGUCAGACUUCUAUCCCAAGGGGAUCAAUGUCACGUGGAUGAGAAGACGCAAGGGAACACAGAGUACUAACAUGGCAGAGUCAGAGAACUGGAUGGCCACGGUGUGUCACUACGGACCAACCUUAAGAGAUAAUAAAUACUCGCUGGUGUCUCGGGUCGAGUUCACCCCACAAUCCCUGAAUGACCUGGAGGACAUGGAAUUCAUCUGCAGAGUGGAGCACAAGACCCUGAAGAAGGUGCCCAUUGAGAAGAGCUCUUCAGUGAUUCCUGGUCUGCAGAAGAGGCCAAUUGUCUCAGGUGUUCAAGUGGAUAAUUAUCGUGUUGGGUAUGGCCAGCAAUACAAGCUGAGCUGCUCCAUCCAGGAUUUUUUCCCCAAAGACAUCAAAGUAACCUGGAUGUCAGCAACAGGAAGCUAUUAUGAUGAAUACUAUGAUGAAUGCUAUGAUACUUCACUUUGUGUUCCUCAGAGAGGACAACAUAGCUACCAUCUGGUGCAUAACUGCACUUUUACUACUCGGAGUCAGAAAGAAGAUGUGAUCUGUCAGGUGGAGCAUGAGACUCUGAAUGGCAAGUGUAUCACGAUACAGGCUGCGAACUGGGCCAGGUGAAUGUGUCUGUGUUGUAUGCAGUGCUGGGUGAGUUUCCAACAUUUUCAAAUUAAAAAAUCUAAACCUCAGUAUGUGUGAUGUAUGCAUCAGAGAGCACAAAAAAGGACAUCCCACUUGAAAGCCCUGUAUACUUCACCACAUAGCAAUCAUCUUUCAUGUCUGACCUGUCCAGCUCUUCCCCAGUCGACUUGAUGUUUUGAAACUCCACAUGGAAUUGGACACCUGGUGCUAACAGUCAAGUAGAGCAGCAGCUUCAUUAUUUGUAGAGUGUGAGGUGAGAGAACCUUUAUGUACAUCUCCUCCUCAUCCUCUCCUUUACUUGAAUUUCUAUCAUAACAUGAACUUUGAAUGUGAAGCUUGACCAUGACUGAAGACUCAGCGCAACCUCUUAUAUAAUAAACUAAGGAGAAAGAAGGUAAUUUAAUCAAGUCAGAUAUGUCUAGUCUCCAUCUCACUUCAGUAGUCAUAACUGAACUAACAAAAGGAUAUAACCAACAUAGUCUAUAAAGCAAUGACACUGAAGUGGCGACGGGGAGGCAGUGUGUGUUGGUCAUUUUGCCUGCUGCCAUGUUAAACUUUAAAGUCACUGCCUUGUUUAUCUGAUCUUCACUGCUGCUGAGGCCUAAAACUGAGUGGCCAACAGAUACUCCUCAUUUGGGGCUGAUGGGAUUGAACUGAGUGCUUUAAAAUUCUAACACAUGAACAAAAUUCUAGAGAGUUGGGCUAAUAAUAUUUGUUGCAUCCAUACAGUGAAUCUCCAAGGUCUUUGCCACAGCUGACAACAACACACACAUUUAUGAAUCACCAAGGAAAGCACAACAUUAUGUUCUCAGAUUCACCUUCUCCAAUUCAGUAUCACAGGGAGUCUUAGCCUGUCCAUGCAGUAUUGGGCAUAUGGCAGGAACAACUGUGAUUAGUUGUUGUAGUUUAUCACAGGAUCAAUGAAGAUGGGUCAGAGAAAUGUAAGAAUUCUCCACUGAGGUUUCAAGCCCAGCAUGUCAUGGCAGACACAAGACUUAUAAUUUUGACAGGAGUCACUAUUGCCACCUGCUUAAUGUGAUUGUGAGUAGCAGUGGACUGGCAGUUCAUUAGCCUCCAGAUCAUAACGUAGACUUUCAAUGCAAAAGGUAGGCGACUUAAAAAAGGCUGACUGGUAGGUGGUGAGGGAUAAACUUACAAUAUAACAACUAUUAAGAAUUUUAGAGCAUAUUUGGGAAUUAAGUGAAACAUCAUAAUUUUUGGCAAAUCUUUCCAGCUCUGAGACAAUAUUUUCUGAAGCCAUAAGUUUGAAUAAAUGUCACCCAGCUGUAACCAGGACUAGGGCACUGUGACAUUCAUCUAAACAAUUAACCUCUCAUCUGAUGGACUUCUGUGACAAGGACCUCUUCUGCCAUCAGGACUAUGUGCUGGUUUGUCAUUUUACUUUUUUAAUGUUUAAAAAGGAUGUCCUGUAAAUCAAAGUCGUAUGAUCAGGCUUAAAUUCCAAAAUGUCUACAGAGUUGAUGACUUUGUCCAGGCUUUGUAUGUAGUUUUAACUUAAUCUUGUUAUUAGGUUUGUUGAUGGCAUCUUUUCUCUCAUGUUUUCUAUGUCUUGAUUCUCUCUUUUUUAAAUCCAGCUGUUGAUCCUCACUGUUAAUGUCAAUGACUCGCUCUAGUAGCUUAUAUGGGGCCCGUGUGUGCAGCUAUAAGCUCACCAGUUAUGAGUUAAGACUUUUCUCCUCUCUAGUUCUGAUAUAUUCAUGGAGUCCACUCCUCACUGUUGUUUAUGCCUGCAAGUGGACUGCCUCACCAGAGACACAAGUCCUGAUUCCCCUGACUCCCCGCACUGCCAGUAGUUGAGUCAGUCCCAUCAGACCCUGCUGAAGAUCCAUAGCAAAAAGUCAUCAUCUUUGAUAAAAAUGAAUAGGGCUGUGGUUUGAUUAAAAAUGCAAUUGUGAUUAAUCAAAAAAUUACAAUUCUUAAUAGAAAUUAACUGCAUAUUAAUCUCAAUUUAUCACACUUCCUUCAAGCAUAUUAAUAUUUCCCUAUAAAUCAGAAAUAACUUAUAAUAAAAAACUAUUUUAAUAAUCUCUUACCUAUGCAUAUUAAAUUAUUUCAGUUAGUUUAUUAAACAGUUUUGUGUAACAGAAACAGUGCCCAAUGACCACCAAACACACACAAGGGUUGUUACUAUAAUAUUUGGGAAAACCAAUACGUAGGGUUUGGACUGUUGUGUUGCAAGACAACCUACCAAAAGCACUAACAAGAGUCAACUCUGCAGCUAUCACUUUAAGUUUAGGAGUCAUUAGCUAGAUUGAAAAUGUGCAUCGACUAGGCUUUUAAACAGCAAAGAACAGGAUGAAAAAGACUUAUACAUAUGUACCUGAUUGGGUUAUUUAUAUAGAUGUGUUAAAUUGCACAUUGCUCUUAUAAUGUAUCAUUUAUGAAUUUUAAAAUAAGUAUAAUCUUCAGAUCAAAUGGAUGGAAAUAUGAUCAAUAUGCACUAAGUAUUUCUUACUUAAGUUCCAGUUCAUAAGACGAAAAAGUAGAGGAGUUCGAACUUAGGACAGUCUACCCCUACCCAAAUUCUGAACUUAACCUCACAGACCAGGCAGCAAUAGUAACCCUGGAUGCCUAAUCUUAAGUCAAUAACCCACACAUAUCUGCCUUAAUAGGAUAAGCCAAGUUCAAGUUCAUAAGACUAAAAAUUAGGGGGUGUUCAACCUUAAUAGGAUAAGUCAAAUUUUUAUUUACUACAAAGUCCCUAAUGCCCUGUGGGAGUCUGGGGCACCAUUAUACUGUAGGGACACUGCCAUCUAUCAUCUUGGGGGAAGCAGGGUCUCAAAUUAGUUGCUUUCCCCCAUCCUUCCACUCUUGGGGCAUCCCGGCCAGCUUGAACUGUCGCCCGUCCCUCACAAUGGAUGGGUCAGAAUUGCCGUAAAUAUACACAAGAUAUCAUGUCAUGUUUUCUUUAAUACCGUAAAUCCCAACUUUUGCAUGGGAAGCUGCGUAUGAACAUUUCAAGCCUCUUUUUGUGUGUACACAAACUUUAUAACUCUGACCCCAGGAGACACAGACUCUGUCACUUGGUGGGCCUGUCAAGGCUAUGGCUGAGUUCUAGACUUUCCUGCCUCCCAACCUGAGCUCUUAAAAACAACUUUUAUAUGUAUGUAUAUAUGCUUUAAUACAUAUGCUUUAUAUAAGAAAAGUGAACUAAAUUAAAAUUGCAGUUUGUCAAAGAAUGUGACAGUUUUCCUGGACAGCAAUGCACUGCACUUUCGGCUGGUAUGAUUUCAAGAACACUGAUAAAGAUGCCCACAUUCAAGUCAUUCCCUUGCCUUUUCUUCCAGAUAUUUACAGUUCAUAUUUGCCGGGAUGUAUGCAAUCCUGUCUUCACAGAGACUCAGCUAAUCAGUUUCACCCAUAGCUUUCAAAGAGUUUGUAGAUAUGCAUCAAGUCUGCAGCAUGUGCACAGGGACUGCUUUUAGACUAUAAUGUGGCGAUAUAAAUUUCACAGCACAGAGACACCCUUUUAUUUACAUAAAUCUGUACUUUCUCUUCAUUUGAGUUUAGUGCAUCUUCUCUUACAUAUUUAGUUUUGUCAGAUUUUGCUUUUUUAUAUAUAUAUAUAUAUAUAUAUUUCUAGUGUGAUUGACAGGGUGCAUGGGUGGGUGUCAAGGUUCCUUACCUGGAUGGGAGGUAAGCCCUUCAGUGGCACAAGUAAUAGGGCAAAGAUCGUCCUUCCUCAGCCAGGAGAUAGGCAGAAUAUGCCAAUGCAUCAGUGGGUACACUAGCAUCCUGGCAGGGUUGGAUCAAGAAAUGAUACCUAAAUGGGUGGUCAGUGUAGUGGAUGCUCUGGGGUAGAUAACCUGGCAGGAUUACAUGCUUCUCUGACAUACUAAAUGACAGCGUUCCCGGGUGAUGACCCCUGUACAAACACCCACAAGGUAUGCUGGGAACUGUAGUCCUUUAGGGCAGUCUUGUCAAGUUCUAUGGAUUGCAGCCGGAGGUGCUGCAGGGAUUCAUCAUCCCUACUUUAUGGGAGUUCUGAUUGACCUGGAAGUACUUCCACCAGGUUAUGCCCAAGCACUGGAAGUACUCUUGGGUCCAGCAUAAAAGAAACUGCUCAACUGCAGCUAGGGAAGUUGGAGUCAGGUGGAAUGAGGACAAAGCACAAAUAGAGGGUUUGAAGGAGAGAAAAAGGAGAAGAAUUGUUGUAUUUGUGAGUUUCAAAGCCUUUUUGUAAGGAAUUUGUACAAAUAAACCUUUUUAAUGUAAAAGGACUUGUGCUGGUUGUGUCGGAGGUUUGGGGUACUGCAAUGUACUGGUCACACUAGUAAAUAAUUCAGGCAUACUUUUCAAUGCAGGUUUAUAUAUCAUAAUUGAAAUUGUAUUUACAUGUGUUUAUUAUAUGUAAUUAACCACGGUACAAGAAAGACAUAGCAGCACUUGAAGCUGUGCAGAGGAGAGCAACCAAGUGCAUCAUGGGACUUAAGGACUUGUCAUACGCUGACAGACUCAGAGUAUUAAACCUAUUUAGACUGCGUGGAUGUGUAAUCCAGGUAUUUAAAAUCCUCAAAGGCAUCAAUAAAGUAGAUCCAGUAAUAAGAGUGAAUCACACACUUAAAUCACAUCAGCGGACAUUAAGGGGAAGCGCAUUUAAAACUGAAGCCAGAAAGGACUU